GCGACGAUGGCUGUGAUCUCUGACAUUCCCGACGGCGAUCACGGCGGAGCUCCAAACAAGAAACCGCAAGAACAACCCGGAGAAGUGAAUACAGCCACUUCUUUGGAAUCAUUACCCGACGUUCUCAUCGAGCACAUCGUCGCAAGAGUCCCGAGAACUAACCACCCGGAGAUAUCACUCGUCUCCAAACUCUUCCGUCGCAUCAUCGCUUCGCCGGAACUCCGCCUCACGCGAUCCCACCUCGCCAUCUCCGAACACGUUCUUUACGCCUUGCUCGCGUUCCCUCCUCACCCCCCGAGCUGGUACAUCCUCAACGCUUCUUUACGGCUGCGCAGAGUCAACACGCUCCCUCCCAUGCCUUCUGGCUCCGCCGUCGUCACCAUCGGACACGAGAUAUACGUCAUCGGCGGAAGCAACGGCAGCGAAUACUUAACGAGCGUAACUGUCGUCGACUGCAGAACACACACGUGCCGGUCUCUCCCGAGCAUGAGAAGCGCUCGAUACCGCGCAGCCGCGGGGGUCAUUGACGGGAAGAUCUACGUAAUGGGAGGUUGCGUGAAUCGAUCUGGUCGAUUUCGUGUUGAAACGUUUGAUCUUGAGAGACAGAUUUGGCUUGGAUCGCAAAUUAAUUCUCUUUGGAGAGAUAUCGUGACAUAUGAUGUUAUGAAAGAGAAGAUUUAUGUUUUGGGUCGUCAACAGUGUUUAGGCGUUUACAACCCUAAAGAAGGUACACUACAAUCAUAUCUUGGUCGAUGUAACUUGGGAGGUUUGUGGCAAGCGUCUUCAUGUGUGGUUGAUGAUUUGUUGUAUACCAUUGAUCCUGGGUGUUCGGUUUGGACUCCAAUAAUCGUGUUUGAUCCAGAGGUCAAUGCUUGGAAACCUGUGAAAGGUGUAUGUGGUUUGCCUCCUUGUCUCUAUUGGUAUGCUUACGAGUCUAAAAUGGCGAAUGUUGGUGGGAAGCUGGUGAUCCUGGUCGGUAAUCAGAGCCAGUUGUUCAAUUAUUAUGGGGAGAAAUAUAUCUGGUGCGUGGAGAUAGCUUUGGAGAGACGUCAUGGAUAUGAGAUAUGGGGAAAAGUUGAAACAGUUGAGGUUGUGUUUGAAACUACCGAGUCCACCACGCCUAUCAUUGAGCUUUGUCGAAGUGUUAUCGUCUGAUGGGUACAUAGGUUUGAUGGUUUCUUGCAGGUAUGUUUCUGUGAUAUUUGAAUUUUGAUGUUUAGACAUACCCAUCAAGGCUAAUUAGUUAGACUUUUGCAUGAACUUGCAGGUGAAGGAAGGAUUUUAUAUUACAUGUACUUGUUGAUGCAAAGUGGCUAAGAAGCUCUUAUCUGACGCCUCAAGAGUAACUUGUCGAUCUAUACUUACCUUUGCGGAACAGCUUUCAUUUUGUGAAGUAGAUUUCUUAGUCUUGUCGAAACUUGUUGAGAUAAUGCAUCAUCUCUUUGGGGUUUUGUGUAGUUUGGACUGAAAGAGUACAGUUCUUUUCUGUUUGCUUUUGGAAUUUAUGUUCAGAUGUACAACAAAACCUAGCUUCUACCAGAAAUAUGAAAUUUUGGUUGAUUUGUAAACCGGGGGUUUUGAGCUAUAGGUAAACUACAAGUCUACGAAUAUCAACUUAGGUGAACAAAUAGUAUUAAUUAGUAUAAAGUUUCAAAUUGUAUAAAUACAUAUAUAAAAUUAGUGAAGUGCCGCCAAAAAGAAAAAAAAUUAGUGAAGUAUUUUCUUGAAAAUAUCAUGGGUGCAUUGCACCCCCUAUAACCGUACUAUUUUUUCCACUUUGUCACAUGCGUCUAGCAAAUAAGAGAACAAAUAUUUUCGUAUAAAAAGAGAAACUAGUGAUCUGUGAUCAUACGUACGAGAACAAAACAAGCACUCCAUGCAAGAAAAUCCACUUUUAUUUCAUUUUCUAGAUUAUAUGGUGGCUUCUAUCGACGUAGAAAAACGGCAAUAUACACUUUUAUAAUAUUAACCAAUAAAUUUUUAAAAUAAGAUUUUUUUUUUUGCUUAAAUUUACCGAUUAGAGAGCCAGAGCAAAAAGCGAUUUGCUAAUUAUACUUCUUUUAAAAAUGAUGAACAAAUUUUUACAAAAAUGAUUUAAAAAAAAAAAAGGUUUUUGCGUGUCACAAAAGAAAAGGCUUAUAUAUGAAUAAACAGAGUUAAUCAAGUAACACACGAGUCUUUCAAAAAGAUCUAGUUAGUCUCGCUUACCGUUCAUUCGCAGCUAACUGAUUCUCCGACUUCACACGGCAACGAUGGCUGUGAUCUCUGACAUUCCCGACGGCGAUAACGGCGGAGCUCCAAACAAGAAACCGCAAGAACAACCCGAAGAAGUGACUUCUUUGGAAUCAUUACCCGACGUUCUCAUCGAGCACAUCAUCGCAAGAGUCCCGAGAAGUAACCACCCGGAGAUAUCACUCACCUCCAAACUCUUCCGUCGCAUCAUCGCUUCGCGGGGCCUCCGCCUCACGCGAUCCCUCCUCGCCAUCUCCGAACACGUUCUUUACGCCUUGAUCGCGUUCCCUCCUCAUCCCUUGAGCUGGCACAUUCUCUAUCGAAGCAACACCGCUUCUUUACGCUUGCGCAGAGUCACUACACUCCCUCCCAUGCCUUAUGGCCCCGCCGUCGUCACCGUCGGACAUGACAUAUACGUCAUCGGUGGAUACGGCGGCACCAGAUACUUAUCGAGCGUGACUGUCGUCGACUGCAGAACUCACACGUGUCGGUCUCUCCCGAGCAUGAGAGUCCCUCGAUACCGCGCAGCCGCGGGGGUCAUUGACGGGAAGAUCUACGUAAUGGGAGGUUGCGAGAAUCGAAUAUCUAAAGAUUGGGUUGAGGCGUUCGAUCUCGAGAGACAGAUAUGGCUUGGAACGGGAGGGGAAGUAUCUGAUGAGAGUGGAGGGUUCGUGACGUAUGAUGUCGUGAAAGACAAGAUCUAUGCAUUGGGUCUUCGUCAAUCUUUACACGUUUGCGAGCCUAAAGAAGGUGGAGUAAUAAUAAUAUGGGAGGGUGAUGCAAGUGAGUUAAGGGGUUUGUGGCAAGGGUCUUCUUGUGUGGUUGAUGAUUUGUUGUAUACCAUUGAUCCUAUGUGUUGGCGUGGGCAUCCAAUAAUCGUUUUUGAUCCAGAGGAGGGUGUAGAGGGUGUUUGGAAGCCUGUGAAAGGUGUAUAUGGUUUGCCUCCUUGUUUCCCUUGGUUUGCUUACGAGUCUAAAAUGGCGAAUGUUGGUGGGAAGUUGGUGAUCUUGAUCGGUAAUCAGAGCUGGUUGUGGAAUUAUUACGGGUAUAAAUAUAUAUGGUGCGUGGAGAUUGCUUUGGAGAGGCGUCAAGGAGGUGAGAUUUGGGGGAGAGUUGAAUCAGUAGAUGUUGUGUUUAAGACCGCCGAGUCCUCGCCUAUCAUUGAGCUUUGUCGGACUGUUAUCGUCUGAUGAGUAAAUGGGAUCUUGCAGGUGAAGGUAGGAUCUUAUAUUACAUGUGCUUGUUGAUGCAGAGUGGCUAAGAAGCUCUUAUCUGACGCCUCAAGAGUAGCUUGUCGAUCUAUACUUACCUUUGUGGAGCAGCUUUCAUUUUGUGAAGUGGAUUUCUCUGUCUUGUAGAAACUUGUUGAGAUAAUGCAUAUUUUGGCAAACA